AUGCCCCCGCGCUUCUCCCACCCGGCGGUGAAGAAGAGGGAUCUCAGCGCCCCGAGAGCGGGAUCAAAGGCGGGGGACCCCGCCGCUCCAGCACGGAGGCACCUGGAGGUCCGUGUGCAGGGAGGGGAAAAUGGCCGGACCUCCGAAGCGCCAGCUGAGGCGACGCGUGUCACGGACGCUCGCAACCACACAUGCAGAGCCCCACCACCAUCACGCGGUCAGAGCCUCACCGCCAUCACGCGGUCAGAGCCUCACCUCCAUCACACGGUCAGAGCCCCACCGCCAUCACACGGUCAGAGCCCCACCUCCAUCACACGGUCAGAGCCCCGCCGCCAUCACGCGGUCAGAGCCCCGCCUCCAUCACGCUGUCAGAGCCCCACCUCCAUCACACGGUCAGAGCCCCACCUCCAUCACACGGUCAGAGCCCCACCUCCAUCACACGGUCAGAGCCCCACCUCCAUCACACGGUCAGAGCCCCACCUCCAUCACACGGUCAGAGCCCCACCUCCAUCACACGGUCAGAGCCCCACCUCCAUCACGCUGUCAGAGCCCCACCUCCAUCACACGGUCAGAGCCCCACCUCCAUCACACGGUCAGAGCCCCACCUCCAUCACGCGGUCAGAGCCCCACCUCCAUCACACGGUCAGAGCCCCACCUCCAUCACGCGGUCAGAGGCCCACCUCCAUCACACGGUCAGAGCCCCACCUCCAUCGUGCGGUCAGAGGCCCACCGCCAUCACGCGGUCAGAGGCCUACCACCAUCACGCGGUCAGAGGCCCACGCCAUCGUGUGGUCAGAGCCCCACCGCCAUCGUGCGGUCAGAGGCCCACGCCAUCACGCGGUCAGAGGCCUACCACCAUCACGCGGUCAGAGCCCCACCGCCAUCACGCGGUCAGAGGCCUACCGCCAUCGCGCUGUCAGAGCCCCACCGCCAUCACGCGGUCAGAGCCCCACCGCCAUCACGCGGUCAGAGGCCCACGCCAUCGUGUGGUCAGAGCCCCACCGCCAUCACGCGGUCAGAGGCCCACGCCAUCGUGUGGUCAGAGCCCCACCGCCAUCACGCGGUCAGAGGCCCACGCCAUCGUGUGGUCAGAGCCCCACCGCCAUCACGCGGUCAGAGGCCCACGCCAUCGUGUGGUCAGAGCCCCACCGCCAUCGUGCGGUCAGAGCCCCACGCCAUCGUGUGGUCAAAGCCCCACCGCCAUCACGCGGUCAGAGGCCCACCACACGGUCAGAAACCCACGCCAUCGUGCGGUCAGAGCCCCAUCACACGGUCAGAGCCCCACCCCCAUCACACGGUCAGAGCCCCAUCACCACCGCGCGGUCAGAGCCCCACCUCCAUCGUGCGGUCAGAGCCCCACGCCAUCAUGCGGUCAGAGCCCCAUCACACCGUCAGAAACCCACGCCAUCGCGCGGUCAGAGCCCCACCUCCAUCGUGCGGUCAGAGCCCCACGCCAUCGUGCGGUCAGAGCCCCAUCACACGGUCAGAAACCCACGCCAUCGUGCGGUCAGAGCCCCAACUCCACCGCGCGGUCAGAGCCCCAUCACCACCGCGCGGUCAGAGGCCCACCGCCAUCGUGUGGUCAAAGCCCCACCGCCAUCAUGCGGUCAGAGCCCCACCUCCAUCAUGCGGUCAGAGCCCCACCUCCAUCGUGCGGUCAGAGCCCCACCUCCAUCGUGCGGUCAGAGCCCCACCUCCAUCGUGCGGUCAGAGCCCCAGCUCCAUCGUGCGGUCAGAGCCCCACGCCAUCGUGCGGUCAGAGCCCCAUCACACGGUCAGAAACCCACGCCAUCGUGCGGUCAGAGCCCCAUCAUGCGGUCAGAAACCCACGCCAUCGUGCGGUCAGAGCCCCACGCCAUCACCGGUCAGAGCCCCACCUCCAUCGUGCGGUCAGAACCCCACCGCCAUCACACGCUGGCAGUUGUGCGCCGUGAUGCGUACUCCUUCGGAUAUAAUUACAGCCUGAAAGGCCGAAUUUACGACCCCAUCCUCAGCCCCCUCAAGGAUGACAUUCCGGUAACGUCUCUGUCCUCUGGGGAGGCUCGUUCCACGUCCAAGGACGGACGGAUCGAGAGCGGAGAACUCCCAGGAUCAAAGCACGGGGAAUUGCUGCCGGCUGGCUCGGGUGUGAGGUCCCAGCAGGCCUUUAGGACCCAGCCCAGGAACGUGACGGUGAAGGCGGGCGGGACGGCGGUGCUGCGGUGUGAGGUGCUCCGGCCCUCGGGCGUGGUGCAGUGGGUGAAGGACGGCCUGCUUUUGGGGCCCCAGCGGAGCCUGCCGGGCUUCCCCCGCUACUCCAUGACUGGGGCGGAGAAGAAAGGGCAGUACCAUCUCAGGAUUGAAAAAGUGGCCCUGGAAGAUGACUCCUCCUACGAGUGCCAAGUGGGCCAGUCCGAAAGCAGUGGAGCGCUCAUCUCCCAAGUGGCAAUCAUCACUGUGCUGAUUCCGCCGUCCAGACCCGUGUUUGAGGCUGAGACGGACGAGCCUUGGGUGGCGGGGAAGGAGUACACGGUCACCUGCACAGCACCGGACGCAAAACCGGCUGCCGAGGUCACUCUGUUCAGGGAUGGAGUAGAGCUGACCAAUGCUUACUCUGUCACCAUGUCUGGCUCAGAGGAGAAGCUUGAGAACACAGAGGCCUCGGUGAGUUUUACCCCCCUGAGCUCGGACCACGGUCAGGAGCUGCUCUGCCGGGCGAUCAACCCCGCCCUGCCUCACGCCCUGGACGCCAGGCUGCUGAUGAACGUGUACUUCCCCUCCCAGGCCCCGGUGAUCGAGGGGCUGCAGAGCGAGGAGGUGAAGGCGGGGACGCUCCUGAAACUGGUCUGCUCCUCCCAGGGAGGAAACCCCCUGGCCACCCUGCACUGGACCAAGAAUGAGGAGGUUCUCUCCUCCAGUUGGGAGGAGGACCGGGUGCUGAGGAGGUCCAGCAGUGUGCUGACCCUGCUGGUGAGGCCGGAGGACAACCACGCCGUGCUCUGCUGUGAGAGCGUCAACCAGGUGUCCCUGCGGCCUCUGUCUGUCCACCGCACGCUGCGUGUCCUCUUUGAGCCCUCUAAGCUGCAGGUCCGGGGCUCCUCAGAGGCGGUGGAGGGGAAGGAGGUGACCCUCAGCUGCUCCGCCUCCUCCAGCAACCCCCCCGUGCAGAUCCGCUGGUGGCUGGGCUUCAGAGAACUCAACACCACUGUGGAGACCGUCACCGAGGGGAAAGAUGGCGGCAUGGAGACCAUGUCCAACCUGACCCACAGAGUGUCGCAGCAGGAGAACGGCCUGCCCCUCAUCUGUGAGGCCUUCAACAGGGGCACGCGGUUCUCCAAAACACACUCCUCCACCCUGAAGGUCUUCUACCCCCCACAGAAGGUGUGGAUGGACGCCCCUCCCGAGGGGACCGUGCUGCGGGCCGGAGCCACGGUUCGGCUGGUGUGCUACUCCACUGGGGGGAACCCCCCCGGACAGCUCACCUGGUACAAGGGUAAAUCCGUGUGUGAUAACCGGAGGACGCUCCCAUCGGAGAAGGGCGUCUCCAGGGAGCUGGUACUCAUCCUCCAGCCCAGCGACAACAUGGCUGUGUACCGCUGCAAUGCCACCAACCAGGCACGGAAGGUCCUGUCCACCCAGACCAAGCUGCACGUCCAGUUCCCGGCCGUCGGCGUGACGAUCGCGGCCAAUCGUAAAGAGACGCGCAGCGGCGACCUCCUGAACUUGACCUGCGUCUCCGGAAGCAGCAACCCCAGAACCAACAUCACGUGGACCCUGGGAGCAGAGAGGGUGACAGGGGUGGACCAGGCCCCGAGGAAGGCCGAAUUCGGGGGUGUGUCUGUGCGCAGUGUGCUCACGCUGUCCCUCUCCUCCAAUCACAACGGCCACAGAGUGACCUGCCACGCCUUCAGCUCCUUACUGUCAGAGGGCGUCAACAGCUUUUACACACUCAAUGUGCUCUUUCCUCCUGAAUUUGGGCCAGACCAGCCUAAGCUGAUCCAUACGGCUGAAGACGACAUUGCCCUCCUCCCGUUGACAGUCUCAGCCAAUCCGGACGAGAUAUCCUGCGAAUGGACCUAUCAGGGCGAAACACUGGCCAUAGACGGGUAUCCGAGGUACCACCGGAGCGGGGGCGUGGAGCUGGAGAUCUGGAACGUCACCAGGAGGGACGCGGGGCGCUACACGGCCGUGUGCAGCAACUCCGAGGGGGAGACACGCACCGCUGUCGCCCUGGAUGUCCAGUAUCCUCCCAGUGUGCGGGCAGCGAGGGAUCCCGUGUAUGUAGACCUCGGCCUCACCGCAGACCUGGAGUGUGUGGCUGACGCUAACCCCAUCGUCUCCGGAAUGUUCUCCUGGGAAUGGCUGGGCGAGGACGACCCCCUCCCGGGGUCGGAGAGGGAGGACGAGGCCACCGGUUGGCUGACCAUCCCCGAGGUCGCCCGCUCCCACAGCGGCCGCUACAGAUGCACGGUGGACAACGGCAUAGCGCCCCCUGCCAGCGCGGAGGUCCGACUGGUUGUGCGCUUUCAGCCGGAGGUCCAGAAGGGGGCGCAGUGGAGCAAGGUGGCCAGCCGCGGGGACGGCAGCGGCACGGCCCAGGUGGCCUGUCAGGCCGAGGGGGUCCCCAGGGUCGACUUCCUGUGGGCCAAAAACGGGGUGCCCGUGGACUUCAGUGACCCCAGGUACAGGGAGCGCACGGUCAGAGAGGGGGCGGUCCACACCAGCACGGUCACUGUGGUCAAUGUGAGCGCUGCUCUGGACUACGCCGUCUUCACCUGCACCGCCCGCAACGGCCUGGGAGAGGACCGACUGCUCAUACAGCUCCUCAGCACCAAUCAUCCAGACCCACCCUCUGAUCUGCAGUUGGUCAGUGUCAGUCACAGCAUGGUCACGUUGCAGUGGACCGCGGGGUUCGAUGGGGGUCUGGAGCAGAGGUUCCGUGUCAGGUAUCGCUGGGCAGGUUCUGCCAGUGCUCUGUACGUGGAUGUCUUCCCGCCCAGGGACACCACUUUCACUGUCGGUGGCCUCUCCCCACAUACCACCUACACCUUCUCCGUCAACGCCAUCAACGCCAUGGGGGACAGCGAGUAUGCCGACAACAAUGCAGUACUCACAGUCACCACCAGGGAGAUGGACCCCCAGGAGGAGGAGUCCCCCAGAGACGAUGGAGACGCUGCAGAGUCCUUCAGCGUGGCGACUCUCGCGGUGACGCUGUCAGUGGUGGGCGGGGUCCUGUUGGUCCUGAACGCCCUGGGCUGCUUUUGGGGCCUGCGGAGGAGAAAGGGGCGGAGCCUGACAGAGGCUAGCAGCAGUAGCUUGGAGGAGAAGAAGAGUGAUGUGGAGAGCAGGUCCACGGUGACCGGACUGAACCGGUAUGAGGGCGGGGAGCUGAUCAACACGGCCGCGCGGCGGACCCUGCUGGUGGACAGCGGCUCUGAGACGGAGAGCAACGCGGUCUACGAGACCUACGGAGGGGACAGUGCACACUACUACUACCCCACCGGGGACUUCCGCCCAACUCUCUACCCCCACCCCGAAGGACCCGAAGAGCCAGAUGGAGGGUACAGGACGGGCCCAGGAGCUCAUAUCUAUGAGGAGGUGAUGGACUGGGGAACAUAUGAAGAUUUGGGAGGAUUACCUCUCCCGCCCGCAUCAGCCAUGCGUUACCCCGGCUACACAGAGCCGCACGCAACUUGGGAAUGUCAAGAAACUGCCCAGCAGUUUCCUCAGGGAGCCUAUCAAAGAAGAGCACGGCCGGCGACUGAUCUGGAGCCACCAAUCAGGGUUCACGACACUGUGACCGAGCUCCGCCUUCCCAGGAGAGACUCGGAGCUGCCCUUUGAGCUGAGGGGAGAGCUCGUCUGAGGGAAUCCGUGUGGCUUCCAUCUCAAAUUCCUCCCGUCUUCAGAAGUGCGCCCUGUCUCAACUCAGCUCAACACGCACGAGUCAGACAGCCCGGGCUCCGUCCACUGAAUCUUAAUCCGUCUCU